AUGGCUCGAACUUACAACUUUCUCGUGGGCACGUUCGACACCCCUGAGCUCUACACGCUGAAAUUCACACCUCCCUCGUCGACCUCGGAAGGCAAACUCCAGGUCGUUCACUGCACCUCUGCCAUCGGGUCACACUCCUGGCUUCAUCUGUCUCCCGUUAAGCAAGACGGAACCCGCAACCUCUACGCUACGGCAUGGACAGAACCCCCCUCUGUGGUCGCUUAUACCGUCAAGUCCCCAGCAGAUAUCCAGCUUCUCAACAGUGCCCCAACCCGAUCCCGUAGUGGGUACGUCACAGCGAGUGAUGUAGCCCUAUAUUCGGCCGGAGGAGCAACCGGAGAGGUCUUUCGCCUGGAUCCCAAGAGCGGCAGUAUCAUCGCGCCGCUCGACUCUGGUGAUGCUCAAACGAAUGGGGUCGUCCAGGGCGAGAGAUCCUCCGCAAUCAAACCGCUGCAAGUCCUCUCUUUCGUGGGUCAAAGUGACGCGCAGCGUGAUGAUGGCAGUGUCAUGGACUUUGGAGGACUUCGCCACGGAGCUCACUCUGCCGACCUCUCGCCGGAUGGCCGAGCCCUCUACGUGGCUGACAUCGGUCGAGAGUGUAUCUGGACAUACUCGGUCGAUCCUGAGACGGGGAAACUCACGCUGGGAGAAAAGCACAACACGCCUCGAUGUGGUGACGGACCGCGACACGUCUGGCCCCACCCGAGCGGGAAGUUCGUCUAUUGCGUGCAAGAACACUCGAGCUUCGUGGACGUUUUCUCCACCUCCGACGACGGCGUGUAUCUCAAGCAUGAACAAGGCUUCCGAAUCAUUCCAGAUGGACAAAACGCGCAGGAAUACUGGGCUGACGAGGUCCGGACGAGUUUAUCGUCGGGAGACAAACCUGAGUACUUGUACACCAGUGUACGGGGACUCGAAACCGGCGUGAAGGGAUAUGUCGCAGUGUACAAGUUGACCGGCGAAGGCAAGGUUGACGAUUCAAUCCCUCCUCAUCACACCAGCAGAUCGAUAGGCAAGAAAGUCCAACUGGACGACAAAGAUCAAGGCUGGAAUGGCUUGCUCUAUAUGUGGGAGACACCCACAAGUGGCGGCUGGGCGAAUGCCAUCCAACCCGGACCAACCGUUGGUGGAGUGGAGUAUCUGGCGAUGACAGAUAGUGAGGAAGGAUUUGUGUUUGUUCUGAGCUGGAAUGGCAUCGAGAUGAAAGAGGUUGCGAGAACGAAGCUGCAUGCCGGAGCGGGAGCUGCGACCGCAGUGUGGCUGUGA